GCCGUGUCGAGGACACUUUCUUUUCAAACUCAUUCACUUGUCCAAGUGAUCAGUGGCUGCCAGUCGGUCAUGCCUGAGAGCGGUUAGGCGGUUAGCGUCACAGUCGUCUUGUAGUGAUCAGGUGAUAAGCGGCGGUCGUCUUGUAGUGAUCGGUGAUAAGCUGUGGAACCGACAUGGUUGUCCAUACACUGGAUUUGUUGGCGAAACAAAAAUACCCAAGGUCUGUUUUCUUCAUCGUUGGAAAUGAGUUUUGUGAGCGGUUUUCUUACUAUGGCAUGCGCACCAUAUUAUCCCUGUACCUUGUGGACAUGCUCAAGUACACAGAAGGUGACGCGACACUCAUCUACCAUGCCUUCACGAUGUUGUGUUACUUCUUCCCUCUGAUCGGCGCCAUCAUCGCUGAUAGUUAUCUUGGGAAAUUCAGGACAAUAUUUUACCUGUCUAUUGUAUAUGCUGCUGGAAACAUUCUAGUGUCGGCUGCUUCCUCUCCCUUAUUCGGCUACGAUAACCAACGAAGUUUCAGUCUGUUUGGCCUCCUCCUCAUCGCUAUAGGAACAGGGGGCAUCAAACCGUGUGUCUCUGCUUUCGGUGGCGACCAGUUCACCCUACCUCAGCAGGCCAAGCAGCUGGCACAGUUCUUCAGCAUAUUCUAUUUCUCCAUCAACGCAGGCAGUCUCAUCUCUACAUACAUCACUCCCAUACUUAGACAUGAUGUCCAUUGUUUUGGAGAAGACACCUGCUUCCCGCUCGCCUUUGGAGUCCCUGCCAUUCUCAUGGUGGUGUCUUUAUUACUGUUCUUGGCUGGCAAGAAGCUGUACAUUUGUAAGGAGCCCCAAGGCAACAUCAUAGUCGAAGUAUCCAAAUGCAUAUCUCAUGCACUGGUAGUGAGCUUCAAAUCCAAAGAGAAGAAGGAACACUGGUUGGACCAUGCUGCUGACAAAUUCGACAAAACUCUCAUCUCACACACCAAGGCAGUGCUUCAAGUCUUGUUCUUGUUUAUACCGCUGCCCCUCUUCUGGGCACUUUUUGACCAACAGGGUUCCAGAUGGACCUUCCAAGCCACUCGUAUGGACGGCAGCCUCGGAUGGUUCACCAUCAAGCCCGACCAGAUGCAGGUCAUCAACCCCUUCCUGAUCCUCGCAUUCAUCCCACUGUUUGACUCCUUCAUCUACCCCAGCCUCGCCAAGUGCAAACUCCUGGUGCGACCUCUUCAGCGACUCUCGGCAGGAGGGCUUCUGGCAGCAGUGGCCUUCAUCAUUUCGGCACUUCUGGAAGUCAGACUAGAAGCCACGUACGCUGUGCUGCCAGAUGUUGGCCAGGCUCAACUGAGAGUAUUCAACGGUCUUGAAUGUGAUGUGCACAUGACCUCAACUCUGACCUCCGUGUCAGGGAACAUCAACGCUCUGAACGCCCUCCAGAUCACUGACAUCUCCAUGCAAAACUCAGCAGACUACCCACUCAACUUUACCACGACCCCCGAUUGCUCACAGUUCCCCAGCCAGAUGUUCACAGGAACUGUUUCACUGCAAGAGAAACAGUCUGUGUCCAUUUUCCUUUCAUCAUCUUCUGGUGUCCUCGCCGUAUCUCAAGUUCCUGGCUUCGACAUGAUUCAAAAACCUGACAAUGGAAAUCCACAAAUAAGAGUUCUGUACAAUUUGGCAACAUUUCAAAGUGAUCUUAUGUUCUCCCAAAAUGGAUACAAACAAAAUAUAACAUUGGAUAAAAGCAGAACUUCUACACCAUUAGUGUCUAUAGGAAAAACUGGAACGUUUGUUGCCACACUUGGUAACUCACAAGUGAAAGCUGAUAUUGAGUUGGGCUCUUCAGGCGUCUACACACUUAUCCUAGAGGGCAAUAAUAAUUCCACUAUGGGGACUUUAGUGACAGUGACUCCUCCUAACAGUGUGCAUAUGCUCUGGUUGCUGCCUCAGUACAUCAUCAUCACCGCAGCAGAAAUUAUGUUCUCCAUCACCGGCCUCGAGUUCUCCUUCACUCAGGCUCCUGUAUCAAUGAAGUCACUCAUCUCGGCUGCAUGGCUACUGACUGUGUCUUUUGGGAAUCUGAUUGUUGUCAUUAUUUCCGAAGCAAAAUUCUUCCAGAGCCAAGUGUGGGAGUUUCUACUGUUUGCAGUUCUCAUGGUUAUCGAUAUGAUCAUUUUCAUCAUCAUCGCCUGCAGAUACCAGUACUACAACCCAUCUGACUCAGAGACUGAGAACGUUACUAAGAAUAGUUCUUAAUCUUUAUAGCAUUCAACUGGAAAAAGCUGUGAUUUUAGCUGUAUUUUAUAAUUUAAGAAACUUAAAGAUUAAGAACUGUUGUAUUUGGUAAAUACGUUAUUUUGUCUCUUAUCGUGUUUUAAUUUAUUGAAAAGUUUAUUUGUAUGUUUUAAUUGUUUACACUGUUUACUUAAGGAAUAAAACUGUAUUUAUAAUAUUGCA